AUGGCAGACCCUUUGAGUACUACGGCGUCAGUGGUAGCUCUUGUUACAGUCACGGUUCAGUCAGUCAAGUCGCUCUACGAAACCGUCUCACGCUUCAAAGGACGAGACAAGACCUUGCAGAGGCUUCAAGAUGAGCUCCAAGGAAUCAUUGGCGUUUUGGAUUCCUUGAAAGAGGUGGCUUAUGCAGAAGCAUCUAUAUCUACACUUCUCCGAGGGCCUAUCGACCGAUGCAGCGAAGUAUGCAAAGAAUUCGAGGAAUCCAUGCGAUCUUUCAGCCAAAAGGACAAGGCUGGCUUUCGGGAUUGGGCUAAGCUAGAGUUCAUGAGAGGGGACAUAAACGAGUUCAUUGACACGAUAUCUGGGUACAAAUCCACGAUUACGGUUGGUCUAGGCACCAUCACCAUACGUGCUGCCAAAGUCUCUCAGCAGGCGCUAGAUGAGUACAACGAGAUGAUACGAGACACAGUGUAUGAGCUCAAUGUUCACUUGCAGCGGGUCGACGAGAAAUUGCAGCGCUAUCCGAACUCGAACAUGUCCACCACAAAGGCUAACCUUGGCGACGAAAAAGAAGUCACUCAGACAUGUCUCCGUAUCUGCGAAGACGCAAAAGAGUUUCUCGAAUCCCUGAAUCGGAAAUCGACUGUGUUACAAGAUGGGCAAAACGCCACUGGAACCGGUGAGCAGCAGAGCUUCGAAGCACAGGUACUCACACGUCAAGCUCUUGACAAGAACCGGGACAGCUUUGCAAACAUCAUAGACCAUCUCCAAGAUCGGCUACAGUCAUUGAUCCUCAAAGAUGGUCCGAAAAGUGAUGAGGAAAGAAGGCGUCUGUUGGAAGACAUCAAUACAUCUAAGCAGUGCUUAGAGGUUUGCAAAAUUGCAAGCGAAGCCUCGCCCCAGAAAGUCUACAAAGUUGGGGAGGUUAUUGCUGACGGCGACAGCGAUCAAGUAGUGGCAAAUACUCUGGCUGAUUUGUUUGACGUCAAGAAAGCGAUUUCCAGAAACAAUGCAGCACAAUUGGUCGGCUCCAUGUCAGGGGAGGACCUCCGAUUCUUGGCUGAAAAGCGUUAUGCAAGUCGAUUUGGCGCCUUUGCUCCAGAGUCCAGUCUUACCAGCCACCCCACUCGAGUCGGGAACACGGAAGGAGAGAGCUGUUCGACUCUUCAUCAGACAAGUGCCGUAACUCAGGCUCAAUCAGGAUUUAAGCGUGAAAAGGCAUCUUCGAACGAGACGAGGAAACGGAUGGACUAA